CUAAUAAACAAUAAUUUUAGGACUUGAACUCUACUUAGGCGUGCUUAGUUCAGUUAGUUAAAAGAAUUGAAUUGAUUUGUGUUCAAUAAAAAAAAAAAAAGAAUUGCAUUAAUUUAUCCGUGAUCUCGAAUUCCACGAUGCGGUUGGUUGACCUUAUUGAACAUUUGUGAACACGAUUUCAAAGUCAAGGCGUGGAAGCAGCAAGUUAAAUCUUUCAUCGUCGAUCGCCUAGAAGUUUCACUUCCGUCCUUACCCAAAUUUUCUCGAGCAUUCAAUUGGGUUCACUUCUUCGUUUCAGCUGAAUUCCUCUUCCUUUCACUCAGAAACUCAUGGCAGAGCUAGUUGGUGGAGCAUUUCUCUCUGCAACCCUUCAGGUGGCUUUUGAUAGAUUGGCUUCUCGCGAUAUACUUGACUACUUCCGUGGCAGAAAACUCAAUGAGGGCUUGCUCAAAAGGCUUCACAUCAUCCUUAUAUCUAUUAACCAAGUUCUUGAAGAUGCGGAGGAAAGUCAGUACAGAAACCCCAAUGUGAAGCAGUGGCUUGAUGAGCUUAAAGAUGCUGUCUUUAUUGCUGAGGACCUCCUGGAUGAGAUUGCAACUGAGGCAUCGCGACAAAAGCUGGAAUCUGAAUAUCGAGCCACCACGAGUAAGAUUCUCUUGUCAAACAAAAUGAGUAGCAGCGAGCCGCCCAUGCAAGUAAUUACUAUCGUGGGUAUGGGUGGUGUGGGUAAGACCACUCUUGCGCAGCUUGUGUACAAUGACAAAAGGAUGGAGGAUCUGUUUCAACUUAAAGCUUGGGUGUGUGUUUCAGAAGAAUUCAAUGUUGUUCAAGUCACAAAAGCAAUUCUUGAAGCAGUUGCUUGUUCCACUAAAGAGUUCAAUGACUUGAAUUUGCUUCAACUUCAGUUAAGGGAAAGAUUGAUGGGGAAGAAAUUUUUCCUUGUGCUCGAUGAUGUUUGGAAUGAGAAUCGUACAACUUGGGAGAUCUUGCAAGCUCCCUUCAACUAUGGAGCUCGAGGAAGUAAAAUUUUUGUAACAACUCGCAAUAAAAAGGUAGCAUCAGUUAUGCACUCUGCACAUAUACAUCAUUUAAAACCUUUAGCAGAAGAAGAUUCUUGGAAAUUAUUUGCAAAGCAUGCAUUUAAUGACCAACUUAGUGGUAUGGAUUCAAAUCUUGUAUCAAUUGGUAGAAAAAUUGUCAAGAAAUGCGGAGGAUUGCCUUUAGCAAUAAAAACUUUAGGUAGCAUGUUGCACAGAGAACAAUCUUGUCAGGAAUGGGCUAAUAUAUUAGAGAGUGAUAUAUGGCAUUUAUCAGAGGAUGACAGCAACAUAAUUCCAGCUUUAAGAUUGAGUUACCAUUACCUACCUUCAAAUCUGAAAUGUUGUUUUUCUUUUUGCUCUGUCUUUCCAAAAGAUUAUGAGAUAGACAAGGAUCUCUUAAUCCAGUUGUGGAUGGCAGAAGGUUUAGUGCAUUCUUGGCGAAAAGACCGAAGCAUUGAGGAAGUGGGCAAUGAAUUCUUCAAUGAUCUGGAGUCAAGAUCAUUUUUUGAGCCAUCAAGGAGAAGAAAUGGUCGAUACUUCAUUAUGCAUGACCUUUUGAAUGAUUUAGCAAAAUCAGUGAUGGGAGAAUUUUGUUUUCUGCUGGACAGCAACUCUUCACAAAAUAUUCAUGUGAAGACUCGCUACUUUUCAUACUUGAGCACAAAUGAUCUCAAAUACGUUGACAGUACCAUUUUCAAUUGUAACCAUUUACGCAGCUUCCUGCCACUUAAGCUCAAUAACCCUAUCAGUUGUAAUGUGAUGGGUAAUCUCUUUUCUAGACUUGAUUGUCUCAAGUAUUUGCGAAUGUUAUCUUUGUCUGGGUACAAGAAUGUCAAAGAGCUUGUGGAUGAUUUGAGUAAUUUAAAACAUCUACGUUAUCUUGAUAUUUCUUUCACUUCAAUUAAAGAGUUGCCUAAUUCAAUCUGUUUGCUGAUUAAUUUGCAAACGUUGAAAUUAGUCAACUGUUGUCACUUGACUGAAUUGCCUUCAGAUUUGCACAAGCUCAUCAAUUUGCGUCAUCUUGAUUUGCGUGGGACCAGCAUACAAAAGAUGCCUGAGCAUAUGGGAAAGCUAGAACAUCUUCGAACAUUAACUCGUUUUGUCGUGGGAAAAAAUAGAGGAUCUGAUAUGAAGGAGUUGGGGAAGUUAAGCUAUCUAAGAGGUACAAUAUCUAUUCUAAUCCUAGACAGUGUCAUUGAUCCUAUAGAUGCCAAGGAGGCCAAUAUGAAAGAGAAGAAAUAUUUGGAAGAAUUAGUGUUGGAAUGGUGUAAAAGCAAUGAAGAUUCACAGCACGAAAGGUGCAUCUUGGAGUCUUUCCAACCUAACAAGAAUCUGAAAAAGCUCACUAUUAAUUUCUAUAAUGGAACUAGAUUUCCGAAUUGGUUCGAGGCUCCUUAUUUACCUAAUUUAGUGUCUCUUCAGCUGAGUGGAAGUAACUAUUGUUUUUGUUUGCCACCCCUCGGACAGCUACCCUGUCUCAAGCAGCUCCAAAUCUACAAGUUUGUUGAAAUAGAACUGAUUGGACCUGAAUUUUAUGGGGAUAGUUCAUCAGGUGCUCCAUUUAGAUGCCUGGAAUGUUUAACAUUUUCACACAUGAAACAAUGGGAAGAAUGGAAUACAUGUUAUGAAGGUGAAAGUUUCCCGUGUCUUCAAGAGCUUCAAAUAUGGAAUUGUCGCAAGUUGAGAAAGUCCUUGCCUCAAUUUCUUCCUUCUCUGAAAAUUCUAAAUAUUAGCAACUGUGAAAAUCUUGAGGCUCCACUUCCCAAUGCCUUUCCCUUGGACCAGCUUAUGUUAAGCAAUUGUAAGAUUUCACUGCACGAUGUGCCAAACAGCUUGACAAGCAUGUCCAUGUCUGGAAUUAGAAUUAAUGAGUCCUGCCUGAACCAUAUUCUGCUCAGUAACCCGUCUCUUGGACAACUGUACCUGAGUAGUUGUGAUGAACUUGUGUCACCCUCUAUAAGUGGGAUUGGAUUUUCAACUUCCAAGCUUACUUCCAUGUUCUUUGAUAAGUUGAGUAAUCUAAAGUCACUUCCUGAUGACAUGCAUAUCAUUUUUCCAUAUCUUCAUUCUUUGACAUUGUGGGACUGUCCAGAGCUAGAAUCACUUCCCCUAGAAGGUUUGCCUCCAAGCCUUGUUGAACUUACAAUCAUCCGUUGCCCCAAACUCUUUGCUUCCCGCAUGAGCUGGGGCUUGCACAAGCUUUUUUCUCUACGACACAUCACUUUUAGUGUUGAGUUAGAGAGUGAGGAGUCAUUCCCAGAGGAAGCAUUGCUCCCACCUAAUGUCACAUCUCUCACCAUGAAAAAUUGCUCAAAUCUAAAAUCAAUAAAUUACAAGGGUCUUCUCCACCUCAAGUUUCUUGAAUCCUUGUGUGUUUGGGAUUGCCCCUUAUUGUGUCCCCAAGGCUUGCUAGAGAAGGGUCUACCCAAGUCGCUUUUGCGGUUAGAAAUUUGGGGCAAUUGUCCAUUGCUUAAGGAGCAGUUCCAAGAGGAGAAAGGACAAGGGUGGCCUGAACUUUCUCACAUCCCUCAUGUGUGCACUCAUUAGAUAGAGAUUCUUAAAGAUACUUGAACAUUGGUUCUUGUGAUUUCAAAGGUACUUUUUCUUUCCUAGACCUCUUGUUUGUAUGUCUGGUAUUUCUUUGUCUUAUCUUUCUUUCCUCAUGUUUGUAAUAAAAGGCACCUUCAGUUCAUGAAAAUUUGCUAAGAGGAUCAUAUUUUAAAUGUUGGAGACUUGGCACAGUUGCUUGGUGGGGUUGCUUUACGCAGUUUUUUCUUUUAAAAAAAAAAAAAUCGUAUACUGUAAAAUAUAAUGAUACUGCCCCUAUUGACAUAACCUUGAAUUUCCAUCCACUGUGUGUUUUGCUUGCUGUACAGAGACAAUAUAUGGAAGUAUAAACUUUUUCCUUCCAAAACUCUUGUAAAUUUUAUGAAGUAGCACCUUGGCAAGCAGAAACUAGACAACUAGUAACCAUUUUGUUCUUUUUUUUUUCUGUUACUAUUUUAAAUUGGAUUGCAUUUAUGCGUAUGUGACGACAGAGAGUUUCUCUUAAGCUUUUAUCAGUUUUCCUUUAACAAGAUGAUUAUGUAUUUAUAUCUACUUGUGAUUAGAGCUGUAGUUCAACCACAUAUAAACGUUGCUUCAUAAGAAAUCAAGGUAAAAACUGAACUAUUCUUUCCUAUAUAUAAUGAACAACAAAUAAUGAUGAAAUAUCAUCCUAUAUCUAUGAAUUUCCUCAGUUUAAGUGCAUUGUUUGCAUAAUAUUUUCAAAUUGCAUCUAUUGUAAACAUUUUGCGCUUAGAAUUAGUCAAUAAUAAUGAAAAACCCCUUUCUUAAUGCUUUGCUUACAGUAAGAUGCUGUUUUUAUUUUUUAUAUUUAAUAAUUUCAGAAACACCAUCUGAUCGCUCACACAUGCAUUUUAGGGUUAUAAAAUUUAUAAAAUUUCUAUUCAUACUCCAAUAUAUAUUCCUAGCUGGAGACCAUAUUGAAAGAAAAACUCAUUUGUAUUUUUCGUGGUCAGCGUACAAUUCAUUGUUCAUAAUUAUCAGUGUCCAUCUAGCAUUGAAGUUUUGCUCCUUUCUUCUUCUCCUUCUUGGGGCUUGGGAGUGGUGAGGACAUAAGCCACUUUCAAACUUGUGAGAAGAAAUCUUAUCGUCCUUUGCUAUCUUAGAAUGUUGCCUCCUUCAAAUCUUUCCAGUUUCAUAAAAUUUGUUGUCAACUCCUUCAAAGAAGCCAUUUGCAGUAUGAAAUGUGGCAAACCCAAUGGCGUACAGUAUUAUUGUUAAUUGUUAGAAAAGAUCCAUAAUAUGUUCUGGCAUUGUCCCAACACUGUUAUUUCCCUGCAAGUAUGAUGUAUGAUUAUGGCCAAAGCUGUGAGCGUACUUGAAUAUAGCAGUUGGCAGAUUUGUUUUUCCAGACUUUCUUUAGAUAAAGAUGCUUCUUUUUGCACCUUUGAUCAUACCCCAUCUUGAAUUCAAGAGGUAGUGGAUGAUGAGAGGCAUAGAAGAGAUUUUUUGGUGACUUGAUUUUAGUCUUUUUUAUUGAUGUUAAUGUCCACGCUGGAUAUUGAACCUAUUAUCUCAGAAUGUUCUAAACCCAGCUCAUGUGCUAUAUUAAUGGGGAGCAGCCUAACAUACUACAAACCCAAGCAGGAGGGGAAUGCAGUAGUGAUAGAAUGAAAUGGUUCUAUUUGCUUCUGCUGUGUAGUUAUCAAUGUUGUCAAAACUGGACUAGGUAUUAAACUGGUUAUGGUACUAGUUCAUUGAGCUGUGAUCAGAUCGUGGUUCGACCGGUCUCAAUUUAAGUCUAAUUUUCUUGUCUUUUCUUUCCAUAACAGAAGUUGCUCACAAAAGUUCAGUCAAUUCCACCUGCAAGGGCGUGCAAUGUUGAAUGUUAAUCCAAGGUCUCUUAUUCACUCUCUUGAUAGACUUGCACAUGGACACAUUAAUUGACGACGGAUAGAUCAAAGAUUUUGUUUAUUAUCAAUCCAUAGUGACUUUUUCCCCUUUUUGGUUGAAGGCAAAAUUGAACUCUGACUAUAUUUUAUAGCCAAUCUCAAGUCUAGAUAAAGAAAGAAGGUUGUGUUAGGACUCAACAACCAACAUAAAAUUCUGUCAAAUUUCACAUGAAUAUGGACAAUAAACUUUUUUUAUUGUUGUUGGUUGUUAAAAGAGGCCUAACAGCUGGUUCAUCGAUAGAUGAGUUGUUUAGUCGUAUAGUUCAUUAUUCAAACUUAUGAACAUCAUGACUUGUUCCAAGUUGUUUUU